CCCAUCUACGCUCUGAAAAAAAAGGAAUCCCUCGAAGACCUCCUCCUCCGACCGAAUCCGAGGGCACGCGAGGGGUUCAGGCGACCGACGGCGAGCAUGGCGGCGGACGACGGCCGGGCGACGGCGGCGCUGGACGAGACCCUCAAGCCCUUCCAGGAAAGAGCUUCCGAGGCUGAGUUACGCAUAGCAAAGCUGGAAGCCUUGCUGUACAACCAAGCUGGUCCGAACAGUGGAUCUGAGGCAAGUUCUUCUGCAAUGAAACAUCUUCAGUCAAAACUAGACGCGGUUAGUGCAGAGUGCCUGACUGAAAAAGAGAAGAACAAGAAGCUAAUCAUUGAGAACGAGAAGCUCCAGUACCGCAUCACCCAUCUUAUCCGUGCAAUAAAAGAGGCAGAAUCUAGAUAGAAGAAGCCCGAAGGCUGAUUUAAAAGCCUGAUAUUGAACUAUUGAAAUAUCCUAUCUUGUUGAGCUCAAAAUAUUGUUGUGAUCUUGAUAUAGAUCUUGGUGAAAACCGUAUGGAACUAUUGAUCAGAACGCUAUGUACACGAUAGUCUGUUUUCACCUGACCCCAUUUUGGAAGACAGGCGUUGAACAGUGGAAUACAUUUUGUUAUCUGAAUUGACGGUUCAUAUGUUA